AUGGAUCUCGUCGAGGAAGAUUACGACGAAUGGGGGUACGAACACGAGGAGGAAGAUGAAGACGGAGCUGAAGAGGAACAUUUCCCGAUUGGCUACACAAUCGAGUUCUCGCCUGAAGAUCGGGCAGAUCUCGAUGUGGAUGGUGAUGCUGGACAAGCGCCUCGGGGCGGAUUGGGCUCUCAGGCCCUGCCGGUGUCGGAUACGCUGAGGGCUGAUUGGGAUGGAGUGCCUACCGAUGGGGCCGAAUAUCUUUUUACUGUACGACGCGAAGCUAGAGCUAGACCCAGGGUUGUUGCAAAAGAGAAUCCGUACAAAUUACCCAACCGUUCCCUACCUCCCCCCGCACGGGUCGAAUGUUCUCGGUCGGGUCCAAGUGAUACAUGGAGAAAGAAAUUUCUCGAUAGGUUUAUGAACAUGCGUCAAAGCCUGCAAGCCCAAGAGCCGUGGCAUUGGGAUCUUGCUGACGACUUUCGUCGACCGCCACCCGACAAUGACGAAUCUAACUGGAAGAUUUUCAUUUCGGGCAAGAGGACGAAUCUGAAAGAUCACCCACCCAGAGUUCCCAUACCAUUGUUCCUGAAAGCCUUGGAACAGGCGACUGUUAUCGCAGUACUGAAUCACUAUCAAACUUGGAUACAAGAACGGAUCAAAGCCCUCGCAACCAUGGUCGAACACAACAGUGAUACCGAACUGCAGAGCAAUACUGAAGAUGCACCUGAAUCUCAAGAGAUCAUUCUACUAUCGCCCUCCGAUGGGGCUUGGUUGAUUGGCCUACUAGCCGUACUGGAUGCCGUUUUGACUUCAGAAGAUGUCUUCAAGCUGCGCGAACUCGCUCGGAGCUGCAAACACGUUAUCCGUAUCACGAACGCGGCCCUCGAACUGACUCAGAACAGUUCGGCCGAGCAAGAAGCAGGGGUGGCCUGGAUGGUCAUCGCCGCGGUGGCUGACGUCUGGGGACAGAAGGACCUGUGGGAUGAGUAA